AUGCUUCUACAGGCAAGGAAAGUUGGAGGCUCUGAACCUGUAGUCCGGGAGCAAGGACCUGUGAAAAAUGAGUUCGUACAACCCACACCACAGAAAAGAGGACCAGAAGAUGCAGCAAAGGAGCCUACGAUGACCUAUGAAAACUACCUGAACAUUGAGAAGCUACUGUCUUGCUUACAACUUCGAUGCCCUAAGUUUGGAAAAUAUGAGCACGAUGAACACCUCUUCAUCACAAUGCACCAAGCUUACGAACUGUGGUUCCGGCAAAUGAUCUUCGAAGUGGAUUCCAUCCGAAAGAUCUUAAGUGAAAGACCAUUUGAUGAAACCAAGAUGCUGUCUGUAAAUAACAGGACGGAUCGGAUUAUCCUAAUCCUAAAGCUCCUUCUGGACCACCUUAGCGUCCUCGAAACGUUGUUCCCCAUGUCAUUCUUCAACUUCCGGGAUUACCUCUCACCCGCCUCCGGUUUUCAGAGCGCCCAAUUCCGGAUAUUCGAGAACAAAGUGGGAAUCAAACCGGACGACCGUAUUCCGUACAUGAAGGAUGAGUACGUGUCGCAAUGCAAUCCCGACAAACAAAAAGACAUUCUCGACGCUGUACAUGAGGAAACAUUGUACCAAAUUGUCGAGCGGUGGCUGGAACAGACACAUGGAUUGGAGGAAGAUGGAUUCAAUUUUUGGAAGAGAUUCAGUGAGAAGGUAGAUGAACGUCUCAAGGAUAUUAAGGCCAGGGAAGAGGUGGCCGAUGCUGAUCACAAGCCAGGAUUAAAGAAGGACUAUGAUGCUUGCAAGGAUAUCUUUAAUAAAGUUCUCACCGAGGAGGAAUAUAAGAAAAUUUUAGCAAGAAAGGAAGUGAGACUUUCACACAAAGCCCUACAGGGGGCGCUGAUGAUCUCUUUCUACCGGAAUGAGACGAGACUCCAGCAAUCAUUUCAAUUCCUGACUAAACUCAUUGAUGUGGACGCCUACAUGAACAAGUGGCGAUACCAUCAUUUGCUAAUGGUACAUCGUAUGAUCGGAGCUAAGCCCGGAACAGGGGGGUCAUCAGGUUACCACUAUCUUAAGGCAACCAUCAGGUAA